AUGUCCACCCAAGCCGACAAUCUGAGCCCCGAUCUCAUCUGGCAGGUCGUCCGCAAGAACAACGCCUACCUCGUCAAACGCGCCCAAUCCGGCGGCAUCCAAUUCUCCCGCGAUCCCCUCAACCUCCUGAACAAGCACAGCCGCAAAUAUGCCGGCUUCGUCAACCCCAAGGCCAUUGGCAUCCAGGCCGACGACAACACCGUGUCUAUGACCACAAAAAACGCCUCCCACACUAACCACCCGGCCAAACAACACCACAACGCCUCCUUCUCCUCCACCACCCCAUCCCGCAAACUCUACCGCAGCGUCGUCAACAGCACCGCCAAGAAGGGUUAUCGUUCCGAUCUCCGCGCCGAAGCCGUCGCGCGUGCGUCCGCGAUCAAGUAUUCGCAGAAGGAGAAGAAGGAGCGGGCCGGGGCGAAGCCGAGGGGGGUCAAGGCGAGGAAGGCGGAGGAGAGUUCGUAG